UCCUCGUCGGCGGAUGAGGUGCCUGGUACACCUCCCACGGUAUUGGGCCAGAUUAGCUUGCCAAUGGCAGGGUGCAGCUCUGCAGGAGCUGCACAUAGUGUCCCCAUUUUGCCUUCUGGUUCCAGCUCAAUGGACCAGGAUAUUUUACCUUUAUUUGAGGAGGCAGCUGAUGCUGUUGGGGGGGAGCAGGGCCCGUUAUUACCUCCUACCCAGUCACAAUUUUUAACUCCUGCACUGCCUUUGCCCUCAGCUCCCAGUUUAGGUCCGAACUCCAUACCACCUCCCCCUCCCCCACCCCCACCAUUGCCGGCUGUUGCACUACUGCCGGCACCUGUAGUCAGCCAACCACCGCGUGACCGUGUAGAUUCUGGGUCUGUGAGACGGUCCCGGGGGAGUUAUUCUAGAUCAUCCUCCCGGGGUUCUGGCCGCUCCCGCAGGAGCAGAACCGCUGUGUCCCACCAUGGGUGCGGUAGACGUUGUCGCCGGGAGUCUAGGAGCAGGGCUCGGUCCCGCAGGUCCCGUUCCUCCCGCUGGCGUUCGCCCUCUUCCUCGGGGGAGAGUUCCUGGAGCUCCUUCAGCCCGGACAGGAGGUCACACAGGCGGUCGGGCCGGAGGCGCAAGCCCAGACCUGCUCGUCGGUCGUCACGUGAAGUGGAUCAGCCCAGUGCUGUGGCUACCCCUGCGCCUGUGGAGCGUGUGGAUCCGGUUCCUGUGCCGCAGAGCGACCCAUCUUCAACUCCUCCGGUAGUUCCUGCGCGGACGGUUCCAGGACUUCAGGAGAUUGUGCCCGACGGCAGAGCUGGAGGGUCGAUCGUGCCCUCCUUUGGUUUGGGGCCUAGUGACCGGAGAUUGAUGCCACUGCUGGAGUCCUCGAUGGCGGCCUCCACAUGGACCGGGCACGGUAAGGCGUGGAAUGAGUGGUGUUUGUUGGUGUCUGGUCGAAAUGUGGCGGAGUGCCCGCGUUUGAGAUUAGAGGUUACUGUGGACUACUUACUUUCCUUGCGCUCUGCUAACUUUUCUGCUCUAGUGGCUCGGCGCAGGCUGGCGGGGGUCAGUUUUUAUUUUCGGCUGCUGGGGUGGGAAGACAUUACCAAACGUUUUUUGAUUCAACAGUCGUUGAAGGGUUGGCAGCGAACACAGGUUCGCAAGGACUUGCGUCGUCCGGUGUCGUACCCUUUACUUGUCUCGCUGCUGCAGGCGUCAGUCAGCUGCUGUACUUCCAAUUUUGAGGCUACGCUUUACUCCGCCGCUUUUUGUGUUGCUUUUUUCGGGGCCUUGCGGGUUGGGGAAUUGGUUCCUUCCUCUAAACGGGGUCCUGGCGGUUUGCUUUUUGAUGAUGUGGUCUCCUCUAAUGGGGUUUUGCAGCUACGUAUCCGCCGUUCGAAAACCGAUCAGGUGGGUCAGGGAGCCUGGAUUCGUCUGCAAUCGGUGGAUGGCCCUGCCUGCCCAGUGCGGGCGGUCGCGGAAUAUUUAUUGGUUCGGGUGUCGAGUGUUCAAUUUUUUACGCAUUCUGAUGGUUUGCCUUUAUCCCGCUACCAAUUCCAGACAAUUUUUAAGCGAUGUUUGCAGUGGGCUGGGGCCCCCCCUUCCGAAUUUGGAACGCAUUCCUUUCGGAUUGGGGCGGCUACUGAGGCGUCGCGGGCUGGCUUGUCCGUGUCCGAUAUUCAGCGCAUUGGGCAGUGGCGCUCUGCGUGUUAUGCUGGUUAUGUACGUCCAGAAUUGCUGCUCUAA